AUGGCGUCCGUAAUGGUGACGACGACAGCAGCAUCACAGAAGAAGGCAACCACUAUAUCAUCAUCAUUGACCGCCGUCGCCGUUGAGCUCGGGGUCGCCUUGCCACCUCGUAGCCCAAGCAAUGCCCACGCCGCGGCGGCGCGCUUGUACUGCAUGCUGCCGCCUUCUGACCCUCUCUUCGACGACAUGGAUUUCAUCGACGCGCCAGACGUCAUCACCACGUCGACAUCCAUGGACAUGAGCAGCGGGCCGUUUCGCCACGUUGCAGCCUUAGCCGUCCAGAACAAGUCGUUCAAGCCGCGCAUGGAAGACGUGUGCGUGAUCCAGCCGAAUCUUGGCGCCGACGUUCAGUUCUACGCAGUGUACGAUGGGCACGGCAGCCCCGUCGUGUCGACUUAUUUAGGCCAGCACCUCCACGUCGAACUCUCGCGCCAAUGUUCGCGCACACGUAGUAGUAGUAGUGGCUGCUCUGCAACCAUGAUGGAAAGCGCGGUAGCCAACACGUUCGAGGCUAUCGACAGAGCGCUCGAGCCCCUAGACGCGGCCGACCACUGCGGCUCCACCGCCGUCGUCCUCGUCGCCCAUGGCAACCACCUCGUAACAGUAGCCAACUGCGGCGACUCGCACUGUUUGCAUGUGAAUGCUCAGGGCGAUGUGCGCCGGCUCACGCAGGACCACCACGUCCGCAACGCUGCUGAAGUGAGUCGCAUUACGGGCGCCAACGGCAUGAUCGUCCGCCGCCGCGUGUCAGGCGUGAGCAAAGUGACGAGGGCGUUCGGGCAGCACAACGAAAAGGACUUUGUGAUUGCCCGUCCUGCGAUCGCGACGCUCUCGCUAAAAGAACAAAAUCGUCCCUCAUUACAAGCACAGGGGUACUUUGUGCUCAUGACGGAUGGCAUCUCCGACGUGUUAGGCGACAACGAGAUCGCCGCGUACGUCGACAUGGGGCUCGCCAUGGGCUGGCACGUCGACGCCAUCUGUCAGACGCUGGUCGACCUGUGCAAACUCAAACGCACAAGGGAUAACCUGACUGUGGUCAUUGUGCUCGUGUAACCCCUGUAUCGUAGAACUACAGUACUACAGUACCUUAUUUAUCGUUGAAACCACUUGGCUUUGCAGACACAAGGGCAAUUUAUAGUCCAAUUCGUA